AUGGAGACUUUCCUAUUCACAUCUGAAUCCGUGAACGAGGGUCACCCCGACAAGCUGUGCGACCAGAUCUCUGAUGCAGUGCUCGAUGCCUGCCUUGCCCAGGACGCUGACAGCAAGGUUGCCUGCGAGACAUGCACCAAAACCAACAUGGUCAUGGUAUUUGGAGAGAUCACCACCAAGGCCAACGUUGACUAUGAGAAGAUUGUUCGUGAAACUUGCCGCAACAUUGGAUUUGUUUCUGAUGAUGUAGGUCUUGAUGCUGAUAACUGCAAGGUCCUGGUUAACAUUGAGCAGCAGAGCCCGGAUAUUGCCCAGGGUGUCCAUGGUCACUUCACCAAGAAACCUGAGGAGAUUGGCGCUGGUGACCAGGGUCACAUGUUUGGUUAUGCCACUGAUGAAACCCCUGAAUUGAUGCCCCUUAGCCAUGUGCUCGCCACCAAGCUUGGUGCUCGCCUCACUGAGGUUAGGAAGAAUGGUACUUGCCCCUGGUUGAGACCUGAUGGCAAGACCCAAGUGACUGUUGAGUACUACAAUGAAAAUGGAGCUAUGGUUCCAGUGCGUGUCCACACUGUCCUCAUCUCCACCCAGCAUGAUGAGACUGUCACAAACGAUGAGAUUGCUGCUGACCUCAAGGAGCAUGUUAUUAAGCCUGUUGUCCCAGAGAAGUACCUUGAUGAGAAGACAAUCUUCCACCUUAACCCCUCAGGCCGCUUUGUGAUUGGUGGCCCUCACGGUGAUGCAGGUCUCACUGGACGCAAGAUCAUCAUUGACACUUAUGGAGGUUGGGGAGCCCAUGGUGGUGGUGCUUUCUCCGGAAAGGACCCUACCAAGGUGGAUAGGAGUGGUGCUUACAUUGUCAGGCAGGCUGCCAAGAGCAUUGUAGCAAAUGGGCUUGCUCGCAGGGCCCUUGUGCAGGUCUCUUAUGCCAUUGGUGUGCCUGAGCCAUUGUCGGUCUUUGUAGAGACAUACGGAACUGGAAAGAUUCCAGACAAGGAGAUCCUUAAAAUCGUGAAGGAGACCUUCGAUUUCAGGCCUGGAAUGAUCACCAUUAACCUGGACCUCAAGAGGGGUGGUGGCGGAAGGUUUUUGAAGACGGCUGCCUAUGGACACUUUGGAAGGGAUGACCCCGACUUCACCUGGGAGGUUGUGAAGCCCCUCAAGUGGGAGAAGCCUCAGUCUUGA